AGAACGUGAACAGCUGCUCGACAGAACUACUACAACCCCAAGGAUUGAUGGCUCUGCAUUUUUCAGUUGAGCGGUGUGAGAAUGGUACGAAGGCUGGGCGGCCCGCGUUGAUGGAGAGGUCAGAAAGCCGCAUCAAGAAACUGAAAAGAAACAAAAAGAGUAUCUUCCUAUAUAUUUGCAAAGAUAGUACAUUUACAUAAUCAUAACUUGUUCGGAAGAUCAAAAUGCCCUUCCCGGUGUUGGAAGUUUCUGAGGCGUAUGCGUCUUGGAUCGAGAGUAGGGUAAAGCAGUUUCUGGAUGACAUGGCAAGGAAGCACGAAGUCCUUGACGCCGCAGACCGUCGUAUUGCGGAACAGGAGCCGAAAAAGGCUGCGGAAACACUGGCCCGAAUCACCAAGCGCGCAGCCCUGUUAGACUCACUCCGGGGUGAUUUACGCGAACACUUAGAGUGCAAAACAAGCGCAAAACUCGGGAAGCUGUGUGACGUAGACUGGUUGGACGCUGAUUCAGCAGACGAUCAUGAGGCAUUCGUCUGGAUUCCGCCUUCGCAAGAACAAGACGACACGUCAUCCUCUCAGCAACAGCAUGCCCUCGAGUUCUGGCAAGCGGAGUCCGUUGAAAUUGAUGAGGAUGACGAUGAGGACGACGACGCAGAACAGGAAUUAGUGUUUAACAACAACACAAUCCCCUCCUUCGAAAAGGUGCGUGCAUUUGAGAGCACCCUGAGACAAAGCGUCGCCCAGGACCAAGUGCGGAUGUGGAUGGCAGCGCUGAUUCGUAGACAGAGAAACCACAUCAAUGAAGCAGAAGCACCAGCGCAGCAGAGCAUUAAUCUUCCACCAGAACUUUUUCGACACAUUUCGUCGUUUCUCGACCCGUUUUCGCCCGUCUUCAAGUGUGCGAACUUCUACUCUGCGCUCGCUCUCAGGAGGCGUUUUCGUGAUACGGAGCUGAUUCUGGAAGCUGCUUAUCGCUCUCUGUUAGACAAGGCUUCAGCUUCCGGAGCUUCAGAGAACUACCAGGUAGUCACAACCGCAAAAGGAAGGGUGAGAUGCACCGUCGAAUAUGAGGAAAACAGCGACGAGGAGGACGAGGGCGAAUCCGAAUGCUUCGUCUCAUUCAACGUAGGAAUAGUUUUCGACGACGACAGCGAGGAAAACUUUACAAGAGAGGGAUACAGUCUUCCCUGGCCGACGCGGUCAGAGGAGCAGAUCACAUCUAGUCCAGCCUGGGAGCGGCAGCGUAUCAUUGAAAAUCGAGAUGCGACGCUGCCAAUCCGUCUGCCGGGGGAAGUGGCACGGUACGAUAGUGUGAUGAGUGUGGUGCGGGAGUUUUUUGAAAGGAAAGGCUUUCAGUUUUCUACCUCGGAAGAGCCGAUCGAGCCGGACGCAGACGACUGUUACCCGUUUGAGAUCUCGUGGGGAGAAUCAGGAACAGCACCUGACACAACAUCAGCAACGGAGUGAGAGUGGCUUCGGCGCAUGGCGGAAUUUCUUCGACAUCUGGGCGAGAACUAAGAUCAUCACAAUUUCAAUUUAUUUUGGUAUCAGGACGAGUCAAGGAGAAUGAAAAACAUCCAGAAUGAUACGGCUCAACAUUUACAUUUUCUUCAUUCUACCACAUCAUCUGAUGAAACUCAAACAAAGACAGUGCUUUGUGUUGAAG